AUUAGACAAUAAUGAAAAUGGGUUCAUUAUGAGUAAUUUCAAAGUUCGGGGAACGUAAUUUUUCAAUGAAGCAUUAAAUUGAUCGAAAUUGUUUCAUACGGGGAUAUAAAAAUUAUAUUGUAUAUGCUCUAACUUCGAUGAAAAUUUAUAAUAAUAGAACCCUUAUUAGGUCAAUAAAUUCUUGAAGUAAAAAUAUACGUACCUACGUACCUACGUACUUGUGAGAAUAAAAUCAUGCAUGAGCACAAACACAAAAGCUAUUGAUACGUAGUAGCUAUAGGUACCUGUAUUGACAUCGACACAAUUUAUCCAUUAGAUGGUUUUCAACAGUCGAUGCACUUUACUUGACGACCACUCGUGUAGAUACGUUUGAUCAAUAUUUCAAACAGGAAUGGAGAACGGUUUGCAUGUACUAUUUCGAGAUGCCCAUAUUCAUACGAGAUUACACCUGGAAACAGACAGAUUCCGCUAUUGUGAUCAACGUUCCAAUUAAAAAUGUACGAUCGUCGAAAUUGUAUUUCGUUGUCACGAACGAAUUCGUCAAGAUUAAUUAUGAAUCGUUCAUAUUUGAAUUAUUUCUUUGCAAAAAUGUUGUGGAAACGAAAACUAAAUGCAUCGUUAGAUCGAAUGAAGUUGUACUGGAAUUGCAAAAGGCUGAACCUGGAAUAUGGGAAUCACUUGGUCGACCUUUACAGCAACAGGAAAUUGUUGAAAAAGUUGAACAAGUGUUGGCUAAUAAACGAGAACACGAUACAGCUCAGACCAAAAUGAGAAAAGAUAAAAAAGAAGAAGUUACACGAUACUUGAAAGAUGAAAUGAUGAAUAUUCAUAUAAAAGAAAAAGAAUCAAUUCAACAAUUCAAAAAAGAUACCAUGACAGCAACUGUGAAAGAAAUUGUAUCGUGGGAAAAUAAUCUAAAAGGAAAACAAACAGCGACAUGCAACACCAAAGUAGUUAUUCCUCCAUCUAUACCAUUUCCAAGGAAAUGUAAUACCAUUAAUUUUUCAUUUACACCGAGAGCGUUCCCAACUCCUAAACGAGAAUCAAAGUCGGAAGAAGAAAAAGAGUGGUUAGAAAAAGAAGCUGAAGCUAGACGGUGUUCGGGUUUCGUAGCAGAAGAACUAUCUGAAGAGGAAAAAGAUCCAAAAUGGUUGCUAUCGAAAGGAGAGAGUUUUAUGAAACAUGAAAAUUAUUUGGGUGCUGCGAACGUUUUUGCUUUUGGGAUUCAAUCGAAACCGAAAAUGCCAAUAUUUUAUAUUCGAUUAGCUGCAGUUAAUCUGAAAUUGAAGCGUUAUUAUAAAGCAGCAGAGUGUUCAACCAAAGCUUUAGAUCUGUUGCAGCCAGUAGUCCAGAAAAAUAAAACCAUGAGAGCUGAAGCGUUCAAUAUACGAGGCGAAUCAUUCAGAAAUAUGGAAGAAACCGCAUUAAGUGAAUCUGAUUUCAACAACGCUAAGUUGCUUUUGAAAUAAAAACGUUUUAGAAAAAGAAAAUGCCUUUAUUGCGAAUUAAUUAAACGGUUGGAAAUUUUUUCGUGGAAAAAUCUUAUCGCAUUAUUCUUUUAAAAUUAUAACGAAAAUAAAUA